AUGACCGAAUCCAAAGUGAUAGCACACGAUAUGUCGACUAUCACGGAAAUUCGGCCUUAUCUGAGCCUAAGCGGAAUUAUUCCUCUAACAUCCUCCAAUCUAAAACGGUUCACGUGCAUAAUCAAUUGUGUAGCAGGUCUACGCCAAAUCGUCCCACCACACCUCACAGUAAUCCAUAUACCGAUAGAAGAUAAUGAAAACACCGAUCUCAGCCCAUAUUGGCAAACUGUUUUCCAAAAAAUUGAUGAAGAAAAGCGUAAUGGUGGCAAAGUCCUUCUAUUUUGUGGAAUGGGCAUUUCCAGAUCGGCGACAUUUGCCGUUUCCUAUUUAAUGUGCAUUGAAAAAAUGACAUUGCACGAUGCUUAUAAGGAAGUGCAACGAUUACGGAAUAUAAUCUGCCCAAACGUUGGCUUCUUUAAACAAUUAAUCGAACUUGAAGAAAAGUUAUAUAAGAAGAAAACAGUAAAAAUAAUCGAACCAAUUGCGGGUGUUCAAGUCGCCGACGUCGUUUGGAAUGAACUUUAUGAUGAACUUCGUUGUCGCAGUUCUUGA